CCACUGUUUCAAUAAAAGUAUCGUGUACAAAUUUCUAGAACCAAUAUUUGGCAUGGGAUUAGUGACAGCUCCUGCAUCUACAUGGAUUGAAAAUCGAAAAAUGAUAGCUCCGACUUUUAAUAUGAUCAUAUUGAAGGAAUAUUUUAAUACAUUCGUUCAAGAAUCUUUAAUACUUAUUGAAGAUUUGGAAAAAGUUGCACAAAAUGGAAACGAAAUUGUAUGUUUUGAAUAUCUACGCAUAUGUACCAUAAAAAUUGCUUUUGAUACCAUAACAGGUGACAAGGUGGAAAGGAAUUUAAUAGAUACAUGGUUGGAAGCACUUACAACGUAUGUAAUUUUAUUCUAA